AUGGAAAAGGUUGAACCAAGUAAGUUGCACGAAUGCGACAUCUGUGGUAAAAGUUGUCGAUGUGCUAGAAAUUUAAUAGACCAUCAAAUGACACACACCGGAGAACGACCGCAUACAUGUGAAAUUUGUGGCAAGACAUAUACUCAAAAUGGUCACCUAAAAAGCCAUUUACGAUUGCACUUUCCCGAUAAUCCACAAAAUCGACAAAAAUGCGAAGUUUGCGGAAAAGUGCUCGGCGAUGUGAAGAGUAAGACAAUUCACAUGAGACAGCAUACAGGGGAAAGACCGUACAAAUGCAAUGAAUGUGGUAAAGGAUUCUGCGACAGCAGUAAUUUGAGAAAACAUAUGAAUCGACAUACAAAGAAAUUUGUCUGUGAAAUCUGUGGACGGUCCUUCGGAUGCAAGCCUCACCUUCAUAGUCAUACGCUCACUCAUACAAAAGAAAGAAGAUAUGAGUGCACCGUUUGCAAUAAGUUAUUUGCAACGCAAAGGGAAUUUAAAGUUGCAUAUGAGAAGACAUACUGA